AUGAUGAUGGACGAGUACAUCAUCGGACGCGUGCUCUACGAGGAGCCGCAUGGAGCCGUGCACAAGGUCCUCCAUCGGCCGCAAGGAAGGUUCUUCUCCAUGAGGGUGCUCGACAAGGAGCGCAUGAGCUUCGAGGACGAGAUCGAGAUGCAGAACGAGCUCGAGGUGCUCAAGGUCCUGCACCAUCCCCACCUCCUCAACGUCCACGCCAUCUUCGCCGAGGGCAGCCAAAUCUACAUCGUGUGCGACCUCGUCGAAGGCGGCGACGUCUUCGAUCGGCUCGUCGCCAAGGAAAGCUACACGGAGCGCGAAGCCCGCGACUUGAUCAAGACGCUUCUCGAAACCAUCGCGUACUGCCAUGAUCAAGGCGUUGUGCACCGCAACCUCAAGCCCGAGAGCAUCAAGCUCACGAGCGUCCACGACAACACGAAUAUCAAGCUCACCGACUUUAGCUUCGCUGCGUCGGUACACGAAGAGCACACAAGCAUCUGCGGGGCACCAGACUACGUCGCGCCCGAGAUCCUAGCAAACAGCUAUUCGCACUCUCCUUACGGGGCACCUGUCGACGUGUGGGCGAUUGGCGUCAUAACGUUCGUGCUGCUCUCGGGUUUCCUUCCGUUCUACGGGGACGACCAAGACGCAAUCUUUGCGAGCAUCACCCGCGGGCAGUUUGAGUUUGACGGCAGCGACUGGGCCUCCAUCUCUGCGCAGGCCAAGGACUGCAUCACGCAAAUGCUCAUUCAUGACCCGAAGCAACGCCCCACGGCGCGCGAGCUACUUUCCCAUCCCUGGAUGACGAGCACACAGGUCGCGUCCAAGCCCCUGCGAGGUGCCCAGGAGGAGCUCCGACGCCUCAAUCUGCAGCGGAAAUUCCGGGCUGCCGUCUUGACCGUGUCGGCCACGGUCGCCCUUCAACGCGCGUUCUGUGCGGCACCCGUAGCACCAGUGCGACCCACGCUGCGGCGACAGGGCUCUGUCGCUGUCCCAUAUGUCGCCGAGCCCGAGUCUGCGAGCGCCGCCCUUCUCAAAAACUAUGCCAUCAGCACCAAUGUGCUGAGCGAGGGCAAGGCCUUGGUCGUCCGCGAGGCCGUCGAAGUCGCGACGGGCCAUCGCUACGCCGUCAAGUUUUACGAGAAAGACCUGAUGACGUUCGAGGACGAGAUCGACCUCAACCGCCAAGUGUCGGUGCUGCAGAGUAUCGCACACCCCAACGUCGAGUGUCUGCACCACUACUACGCGGAGAGCGACCACUACUGCCUCGUCACCGACCUCCCAGCGGGCGGCGACCUCUUUGAGCGCAUUGUAGCCAAGGACAAUGGGUACUCGGAGCGCGAUGCACGCGCCCUGGUGCGCGAGCUCUUGCACGGCGUCGCCCACCUCCAUGCCCAAGGCGUGGUCCAUCGCAACAUCAAGCCCGAAAGCAUCUUUUUGCGGUCGCAAGAUGACGACAUUGCCAUGGUCUUGACCAACUUUGGGUUUGCAACGCAGGACGACGGACGACUGACAUACAUCUGCGGCUCGUUGGACUACACGGCCCCUGAGGUCCUCGCCAACCGCCGACGCGCGACCCCCUACGGACCUCCGGUGGAUGUAUGGUCCAUUGGCGUGCUCACGUACGUGCUUUUGAGCGGGUACCUUCCGUUCUAUGGCAACGACCCGCCGAGUCUCGAGGCCUCCAUCACGCGCGGCACCUUUGUCUUUGACUCGCCGUACUGGGACGGAGUCACGGACGACGCCAAGCGGAUCAUUUCAGCCAUGCUCGUCGCCGACCCCGCCCAUCGGGCCACGGCAGCACAACUACUCGAACACCCGUGGUUUCACGCGAACCACGUCGCCGCGACGCCGUUAACCGCGGCCAAGGACGAGCUACGCCGCGUUCUGCUCAAGCGCAAGUUCCGCUGCGUCGUAAGGACGGUCAAAGCGGCGAUGACGCUGGCGCGUCUCGCCAAGUCAUCUUCGACGACGAGCGCCAGCUUCCACGCCAAGUACGUUCUUUACGAGCGCAUCGGCCAGGACGGCGUCGGCGUCCUCCAUCGCGCCUCGACGAUCGAGGCGUCGUCGCCCGUCCACGUCGUUUACUACGAUACGCGUCGGCUCUCGGCAGAAGUGGUCGCGGGGGUCACGCGCGAAGUGCAAGUGCUUCGGCGCCUCGACCAUCCCCACACGAUCAAGGUGCUCGACUACUACGACGCCGAGCCCGACGGUCUCUACCUCGUGCUCACGGCGGUGACCGGCGACCAGCUCUUUGACCGGAUCGUCGACAAGGACUGCUACUCGGAGGCGGAGGCGCGCGCGCUGGUCAAGGUGCUGUUAGACGCUGUUUUGCACUGCCAUGCGGCGGGCGUUGUGCACUCGAAUCUCAAGCCGGAAACAAUUGUACUCACAAAGCCCGACGACGAUACGUGGCUUGUGCUCACUCGGUUCGGCCGCCCGCACGGCCGCGCCCUCGAGUACGUACUCUUGCGUACUUACCAACGCUGGACGAACCGUAGAUACGUCGCCCCCGAGUCCCUCUUCCGUGUCGUGCAAAGUGUCGGCGACGCCAAGUCUUUUGAGGAGGCGCCUGUCGACAUUUGGAGCAUCGGCGUCAUCACCUACGUCUUGCUCUGCGGCUACCUCCCCUUCCACGGCGCCAACCAGUUCCACCUCUUUAAAGCCAUCAAGCGCGGCAAGGUUCUCUUCGACGCGCCGUACUGGAGCACGAUCUCGACGAACGCGACCAGCUUCAUUUCCGCUGCGCUCGUUGUCGAUCCUGCCAAGCGGGCGACGAUCGGCGACCUGCUGGCGCACCCGUGGAUGCGUGCAUCGCAGGUGCCGACGACGUCACUCGACGUUGGCUCAGAGCUGCGCCGGCUCCAAGCUCGUCGCAAGCUUAAGGGCGUCAUGUCGGCGGUCAAGGCGUCGGUAGGACUCGGCCGUCUCUUCGACUCGACGCCCGUCGCGUCCGCGUAA